GACCCCUCGAAGGGGUGAGGACCCCUCUACGGGUGGACACCAGCACAGGGGCAGGGCUGCCAGAGCCCUCCUGUGCCCCCAGGUUCUCCCUGCACAGGGGGCAGGUGAGGUACUGUGGGGUGACCCUGUGUCCCCUAGGCCCUGCUCUGCCACCCACAAAACCUCUGUCCUCCCCAGAGCCCCCUCAGUCCCCCACGGGGCUGUCACCCCAACACCCAUCCAGGCUUCCCAGGGACCCUCCCCAGCUCUGUGUCUGAGGAGAUGCUGCCACACACCAAGACCAGAAGGUUUUGGGGUCCACCCAUGACCAAAGGUGCUCCUUAUCCCAUUUGGACCCCCAUAGUCCCCUGUUUCCGCAACGCUGGGUGGAUGACGCGGCUCUGGGGGCGAUGGGAGUUGCCACAUCCCCGUCCUCAAAUCCAGCAUCCAUCCCCGAUCUGUUGCGACGCCUGGUGUCAAUCCCAGCACCGCUGGAUCCUUUCCCGUCCUGGGGGCUCGGAGCACUUCCCAGUCGCCCUCGGCCCUCCACGGGUGUCUGUAGGCCGUGCUGUGUCCGCGGUCUCCAUGGGAGCAUGCCGGUUGCCAAGCCGGCCGGUGGAGUGCUUGCCACCACCAUCGAGCCGUUGGUAUGACAACGGGGACACGGGUGACCCGGGGCGUGGUGCUUCGCGUGACGGGGCCAGCGGCCCCUGCGGGGAGGGUCCUGGCCGAGCCUCGCCAACACACAGGGGGUCCCCAGGGGCUGCCAGAACCUGCUGCGUCGGGCUGGGACCCCCGCACCAACACCAGCCCGGGAAUUUAUUGACACAUUGAGGAAGCGAGCGGGAGAGCGAGAGUGGAAUCCCUCUGGAGCGAAGGAUGUGGGGCGACAGCGCUGAUCCCACCAGGGCCCCGGGCCCUGCUCCCUGCCCCUCUGCUUGAGGCCGGGGGUAUCGGGACCCCCUCAGUGGGUGCCGGACUGGGGCGUCAGAUGAGAUAACGCAGCGAAAGUGGAGCAUCCGCGUGUGGAGCGAGGGACGGAGCAGCCCAGCGCCUGCCAGACACCCUCCAGGACAGUGCAGGGGGCUCCCCCAGGCCAGGCACCACGGUGGGGGCACAGGGGCUGAGGGGGGCACGGCUUGGCCCGCAGCCCACCCCACCUCACCAGCUGCCCCCAUGCUGGAUCACCGAGCCAGAAUGGAGAGCAGCAGGAAGGAGAAGGUGGAGCAGAUCCUGUCAGAGUUCCGGCUGAAGGAGGAGGACCUGAAGAAGGUGAUGUACCGGAUGCAGAAGGAGAUGGACCGAGGGCUCAAGCUGGAGACACAUGAGGAAGCUUCUGUCAAAAUGCUGCCCACCUAUGUCCGCUCCACCCCCGAGGGCUCUGAGGUGGGAGAUUUCCUGUCACUAGACCUGGGUGGCACCAAUUUCCGUGUGAUGCUGGUGAAGGUGGGCGAGGGAGAGGAGGGGCAGUGGAAGGUGAAGACGAAGCACCAGAUGUAUUCCAUCCCAGAGGAUGCCAUGACUGGGACAGCUGAGAUGCUCUUUGACUACAUCUCCGAGUGCAUCUCCGAUUUCCUGGACAAGCACCAGAUGAAGCACAAAAAGCUGCCCCUGGGCUUCACCUUCUCCUUCCCCGUGCGGCACGAGGACAUAGACAAGGGCAUUCUCCUGAACUGGACCAAGGGCUUCAAAGCCUCCGGCGCGGAAGGGAACAACGUAGUGGGGCUGCUGAGGGACGCCAUCAAACGGCGAGGGGAUUUCGAGAUGGAUGUGGUGGCAAUGGUGAAUGACACGGUGGCCACGAUGAUCUCCUGCUACUAUGAAGAUCACCGGUGCGAGGUUGGGAUGAUUGUGGGGACAGGCUGUAACGCCUGCUACAUGGAGGAGAUGCACAACGUGGAGCUGGUGGAGGGCGACGAGGGGCGGAUGUGCGUGAACACGGAGUGGGGGGCCUUUGGUGCCUCCGGGGAGCUGGACGAGUUCCUCCUGGAGUACGACCGCGUGGUGGACGAGACCUCACUUAACCCCGGUCAGCAACUGUAUGAGAAGAUCAUUGGGGGGAAGUACAUGGGGGAGAUCGUGCGGCUGGUGCUGCUGAAGCUGGUGGAUGAGAACCUGCUCUUCAAUGGGGAGGCCUCUGAGAAGCUCAAGACCCGCGGGACCUUUGAGACCCGCUUCAUGUCCCAGAUCGAGAGUGAUUCUGAUGACCGCAAGCAGAUCUACAACAUCUUGUCAGCCUUUGAGCUGCUGCCGUCCCGGACAGACUGUGAGAUCGUGCGCCAGGUGUGUGAGAGCGUGUCCACACGCGCCGCCCAGAUGUGCUCGGCCGGCCUGGCUGGAGUCAUCAACCGCAUGCGGGAGAGCCGCAGCCAGGACACCCUCAAGAUCACUGUUGGUGUCGAUGGCUCUGUCUACAAGCUCCAUCCCAGCUUCAAGGACCACUUCCACGCCACAGUGCGGCAGCUGACACCCGGCUGUGACAUCACCUUCAUCCAGUCAGAGGAAGGCAGCGGGCGCGGGGCCGCCCUCAUCUCGGCCGUGGCCUGCAAGAUGGCCUGCAUGAUGGGGCAGUGAGCUGGACUCAGGGGGGAUGGCAGGGCCAGUGGUCCCACUCGGAGCGCUACGGGAGCAGAUACGGACGUGGGAAGGAGGCGGCUCCGGCCCCCCAAUAAACGGGGUGUGUGUGGAC